GACGCCGCCCGGUGGGCGGGAGGCAUGGCGGCCGUGGGGCGUUGCGGGCGGCCUCUGCAGCUGACGCUGGCGCUGCUGAAGCCGGAUGCCGUGGCCCACCCGUUGGUGCUCGAGGCCGUGCACGAAACCAUCCUCAGCAACCGGUUCCUCAUCGUGCGCGCCAAGAAGCUGCGCUGCGGACGGGAGGAGAGCCGCCGCUUCUACCGGGAGCACGCGGGGCGGUUCUUCUACCAGCGGCUGGUGGAGUUCAUGUCCAGCGGCCCCAUGUGGGCUUAUAUCUUGGCCCAUGAGAAUGCUAUCCCUCUCUGGAGAUCCCUGAUGGGGCCCACCAAAGUAUUCCGAGCCCGGAACAGCGUCCCGGACUCCAUCCGAGGAGCUUAUGGCCUCACUGACACCAGGAACACCACUCAUGGCUCAGAUUCACCAGCAUCAGCCAGCAGAGAAAUUGCCUUUUUUUUCCCAGAGUUCAAUGAGCAGCGCUGGUACCAGCAGGAGGAGCCACGUCUGCGCUGUGGGCAGGUGUAUUACAAUGCAGAGGAGCGUGUCCACUGUGUGUUCAGGGGUGAAGACAAAGAGUUGACCUGAGUUACCUGGGGGUAUGGUUUGCUGAGCUGGAAGUAGCUGCUAGGCAUGCUGUUUGGGUCAGCCCUAUAAAAAGACACAGAGCCAUGACAUAUUUUAAGGAGUGUGGGGGAAGGAAAGAUUUAAUGCACAUUAUAUUGUGAUACCUGGGAUCAUGUUAUUCAUGCAGCAUACAGGUGCUGAGGCAUUUUAGGAAGAACUUCUCAAGUUGUAGUACUCCAACUUGAUUCUAGUCCUGCAGUUCACUGGUCCCUCGUGUUUAUUUGGAUAUGUGGUUCAGGUGAGUUUAUCAAAGGGCUAGGUGGAAGGGGGAUUGCUAGUUCCAGUUAGGAUAUGACUGGUUUUGCUGGUAGUAGGCCUCAGAUUCUUAAUUUUUGCUCUGUUCCCCCAGUCCCUUAAGGAAAAAAGAAAGGAAAAAGAAUAUGAAAAAGAUCUGUGGUAAGCAGGGAAAUAUUAACUCUCCUAUCCUUGCUUUCCUGGAUCCAAGCUGAGGAACAAGUUUUCAGUUUUGUAUCAUGAUUUGUAUUUUAAGCAUCUGGUAGAGGGCAUGGUUAGAAGCCAUUCUGAAGAGGAAAGCGGCAUAUCCUGUUGGUUCAGUUUGAACUGGGCUGACAAACCUGCAACAGAAGUUCUAGGGGAAGUUGCAGAAAGUUGCGGAGUAGAUCAGUGCCUGUGAAAGGUCUUCUGUUUUGUGCUUUUAGAUUGCCUGGGGCAUGAGAUCAGUAGUUUUGAUGAAACUUGAUAGUGGCUAUUAGAGCUAUGGAUUUCUUGAAUCCAUAAUAAAAGGCCAGAGAAGUUAAUUUGAGUGCUGGUACACCAAGGCUACAGAAUUUCUGCCAAGAGCUCUUUAUAUUGAGCCUUGUAACAAAAUGCCUAAGGGCGACUCAAAGACUUAAUUGCCAGUAUACUUACUGGGCAUUGAAGCACUGAGUUCCAUGUCCUUUAUAAAUUAUAUGGAUGAAGUCAUUUACUUAUCCAGAUAAUCGAUAAAAUGAUUAUAUGAUGGUGUAUGGGGGCUUGGUUUUGAGGUACAAUGCAAGGUUCUGACAUGCUUUUUCAUGCUUUCCUAUUUUGAUGCAUUUUGAGAUUUGUUUCUGUAUGAGUUUUUAAUCCAUUUAAACUGUCCCCCUAAUAGCUUCUUACAAUGCUGGUUUUGUUUUGUUUUGUUUUUUAAUUAAGGUGCCAUGUUGUACUAAGUGAAUUUCUUUUGGAUCAUUUCAGAUGCACUGUAUUGAUGAAGGUACCUUUGUAAUGUACUUGGGACAAGGAGUUUGUUAGCUUGACUCCCUUUUCUGAAGUUGUGUGUGACUAGCAUUGAUGCUACUAGUCACUAAAGCUGUUGACUGAGCUGUUGAGUCCCAAAUUUACUGGUGCAUUACUGUGCUACAGAUGAAAAGCAAGUUGCUUUUUGACUAGUUCAGCACAACUGUGUGAAAUGUUGGACAUUUGAUUAAAAAAUGUUUAAUUGUAGAAAGUGCUGCUGUAGAGCUUCUUUGAUUAAAUACAUCAACAUUUUUGUUCCUUCCUUACUAUUAUGUGAGAUUAAAUGCAGUCAUUGUUUUGUUCCAGGUACAGAUCAAAAGGAUCUGCGGAAUAUUUCUGCAUUUUUAUAUUGCUACUUUUAUUUUUAUCAGCAGUAUCCAAUGGUGGAGCUGUUCAUGAGUAUGCAUUUAUACAGGUCUGAAAUCUUGCUGUCCUUAAUGCUACUGUCAAUUUAUAUUUUAUUGAUUCCUUGAGUUUGUUAUGUGUGUUUUUAUUGUAACUAUUAAUGCUUAAUAUUUUUUUUCACCUUUAUAUUGUGGCUUUCUUUUUUGGAUAUUAAUUUGGGAUGCCAUUAAAUGAUAAUUCCUAGCUUGUGUGUUAGUGAUGGGAAAAACUGCUUGUGUUAGUGAAAAAAACCCUAUUUUUUGAUCUGUAGACUGUAUCCGAUGGAAUAAGUCUCUAUUGUUUGUGCUUGUGUAGCGGUCACGCACACUGAGGACCCUAUUCUUGUUUAGCUAUGUGUAAUGUAACAACUGAAGGUUAAAGCAUGAGAAAGUUAAAGAUUAGAGGAAGCAAGCAGCAAAACGGACCUCUACUCAUGCUAUGAAACUGGGCUGUAUGCCGCUAAGACCACAAAGGACAUUGUUAGGUAGGUGAUGAAGAGGAGGUAGGAUGAAGUCACGAACUUCAGGGGUCCAAGACGACCACCUUUUCUGUUCCAGCGCAAGCACAGGUGGUGCUUUUCCAUUCCAUCAUUCAGGGCGUGCUUUGCCCACCUCCUGGCACGUACUGACCCUACGUGACGGGAUGCAAAGGGUAUGUGAUUAACCCGGAGCUGUGACACAGUGCAGCAACCAAUUCCGGCCAACGCUGUCGUCGCAGAGACGACUGCUAAGGAUUGUUACCUGGCCGUCUCAAAGUCCACACUGUGCUCCACCAUGCACUACCAUAUCUAGUGGGGUUGAUGGCAUGUGUGUAAGUAUGUUUCUGUUGUGCUGAGUAGUAACUGCUUUUUGCUAUUUUAGUAUAAUUAAUAAAACAUUUAUAUAUAUAUA